AUGGGUGACCCCGAGCAGGAAGGUGAAACCAGCACAAGCCUUGCCAGUACAACCAACACAGCCUCAACUGGGACCAGCACAGCCACCAACACUGCACCUAGCGUAACCUCAAGUGGGACCAGCAUAGCUACAAACACUACAACCAACACAGCCUCAAGUGGGACCAGCACAGCCACCACUACAGCACCCAGCACAGCCUCAAGCGGGACCAGCACAGCCUCAAGUGGGACCAGCACAGCCACCACCACAGCACCCAGCACAGCCUCAAGCGGGACCAGCACAGCCUCAAGUGGGACCAGCACAGCCUUGAGUGAGACCAGCACAGCCACCACCACUGCACCCAGCACAGCCUCAAGUGGGACCAGCACAGCCUCGAGUGAGACCAGCACAACCUCAAGCGGGACCAGCACAGCCACCACCACUGCACCCAGCACAGCCUCAAGCGGGACCAGCACAGCCUCAAGCGGGACCAGCACAGCCACCACCACUGCACCCAGCACAGCCUCUAGUGGGACCAGCACGGCCAGCAACAGUGCACCCAGCACAGCCCCAAGCGGGACCAGCACAGCUUCAAGCGGGACCAGCACAGCCACCAACAGUCCACCUAGCACAGCCUCUAUUGGGACCAGCACAGCCACCACCACAGCACUCAGCACAGCCUCAAGUGGGACCAGCACAGCCUCUAUUGGGACCAGCACAGCCACCACCACUGCACCCAGCACAUUCUUAAGUGGGACCAGCACAGCCUCAAGUGGGACCAGCACAGCUUCGAGUGAGACCAGCACAGCCUCAAGCAGGACCAGCACAGCCUCAAGUGGGACCAGCACGGCCACCCACAGUGCACCCAGCACAGCCUUGAGUGAGACCAGCACAGCCACCACCACAGCACCCAGCACAGCCUCAAGCAAGACCAACACAGCUACAAACACUGCACCCAGCACAUUCUUAAGUGGGACCAGCACAGCACCCAGCACAGCCUCAAAUGAGACCAGCACAGCCUCAAGUGAGACCAGCACAGCCACCAACAGUGCAUCCCACACAACCUCUAGUGGGACCAGCACAGCCUCAAAUGGGACCAUCAUAGCCACCCACAGUGCAUCCCACACAGCCUCUAGUGGGACCAGCACAGCCUCAAGUGGGACCAGCACAACCACCAACAGUGCAUCAAGCACAGCCUCAAGUGGGACCAGCACAACCUCUAAUACCACAUCCAGCAUACAUUCAGAUGGAAAAAGCACAGCCUCAAGUGGGACCACCGCAGUCUCCAACCUUGUAUCUAGUGUGAGCUCUGGCCCAUCUGCUUCCACUGGACUGUCUACCACCUCCAACACAAUCAGCACAAACAGUACUACUUCGCCAAAGCCUAGUAGUUCCCUGGAGCCAUUGGAAAUCACCCUCAUCACCCUGUUCACAGUUGUGGUGGCCGUGGGACUCUUUGCUGGACUCUUCUAUUUCAUUAGAGAAUGCCUGUCCCUGAGAAGCACUUUUGACGCAGCUCUCUAUCGCCCCCACUUCUCCAAUCCUGGCGGGGGCCCACCAAGACAUAACGGAGUCCACCACAGACCUCGGUGGAGCACUGACAGGUUCUGGAGGAGACCAGGAUCUCCGGAAACCAUGGAGAUGGACGGGAGACACCACGGGCCCUGAGGGCCACCUCUUCACCUGGGGAGUCAGCAACCUGAGCUGCCUUUUGUUCAUCCCCAGUGACUCCUCAUGGCAUUGUUGGAGUCCCUGACACUUCCUCCCCUCUCUUGUCUUUACCACGAAGAGGAUGAUACACUGGUCAUUAAGCUAAAAAAUAAAUACAUCCAAUACAGCUGACCACACUCACCCAUGUGUGCCCACAAUGCUGAGUAGAAUUUCUCAGUUUUCUGAGAGACCCCCCCCCCCAUUCUGAAAUCCACCCACCGACCCAAAUCUCCCUGUGGAGGUUAAAAGUAAAAGUCAGUAGAACUUGUUUGUGUCGGUGCAACUCCAUUUUCUAAUCCUUCUCGCUCCAGGCAGGACUCCUGUGCAUCUCUAAGACUCAUUCAAAUCGGCAGAGAGGGCAGGUGGCGAGGUUCUGUGGGCUCUUUG